UAAGGAAGCGGUUCCGUUCCCAUGGUUCUUUGAUCGCAGUCCAUGGGCGGGUACUGCCUUUAUCGCAAGCUAGUUUGCUCCUCAGGAAUUCAUCUCACCGCCUCUUUUCUGCCCUAGUCUAUCGUCUGCCCCUCUUUACUGCCCCAUUACAACGCGCCAAUUCGCGGUCGUGUCGAUUGACUGGUAGUAUUUUCAAAGCUUAUCGGUGUCACAAACAAGGACAAGGCUUUGUAUACCAGGGAGUCUGCUUUGUAUUGACAAUUGGCUCGACACCCCGUUUUCCUUCAUCUUUUUCAGCAAGUUCUGAGUGGUCUUCCGCCUCGCUACCAGUCCCUCCCACCAUGGAGCAAGAGCUCCUAUCGUUGCUUGCGGACACGCAGUCGCCGGUCGCCGAUACAAGGAAGGCCGCUGAACUUCAACUGCUGCGUCUCUACCCCAAUGAGGGCUUUCCUCUUUCCCUCGCGGCUAUCGCUUCUCACGAUUCCGUCCCUACAAAUCUCCGCCAGUCCUCCCUCUCCGUGCUGCGCACCUUCAUCGCUGCCGCCUGGUCUCCGAAUUUGGAUGAGUUUAAGGGCCAGAUCCUCAUCAACGACGUGAACAAGGACCAGAUUCGGAGGGUUCUCUUGGAUUUGGCUACAGUCACAGAAACCCCGGAGCGCAAGGUGAAGUCAUCCGCAAGCUUUGCAGUCAGCAAGAUUGCCAGCGCCGAUUUCCCCGAGCAAUGGCCAGAGCUCCUUCCUUCACUCCUUCAGAUCAUCAACGACGCCAAUAGCACGGCUAGCGCUCUGCACGGUGCGUUGAAGGUUCUACUGGACCUUGUGGAUACAGGGUUCAACGAGGAGCAAUUCUUUAAUGUUGCCAGGGACUUGGUUACCUCAUUGUUCAACGUUGCAACCAUUGAGUCGAGGAAGCCUAUGCUGAGAGCCCUAGCUGUCGCAGUGUUCCGCUCGUGCUUUGAUACCUUGGAGAUGGUACUCGAGCAACACAAAUCUGCGGUCAAACAAUUCAUGGACGAGGUGCUUGGUGGCUGGUUUCCUUUCUUCAUCUCAACUCUGAAGGCACCCUUACCACAGCCUCCCACCGAGGAAGAAGAAAGCAAGGACGGUGAAGUACCCUCGCAAUGGAGGGGCGUUAUCGGGCUUAAAUUACAGGUGGUCAAGACUCUGAUGAAGAUCCGAAUGGUUUUUCCGGCCCUCAUGACGGGUCAGAGCCCGGUAUUUUUCUCAACUAUAUGGACGGAACUAUCCAAUAUCCAGACUGCAUACCACGACUUCUAUAUCCACGAUGAGAGACAGGGUCGUCUAGAAGAUGUGGAUGGGCUUCCCUAUACCCUGGAUUUCUUAGUUCUAGAAGAGUUGGAUCUGAUCCAGACAUUGUUAAAGGCACCUCCUGUAAAAGCAGAACUGCAGCAGCAAUUGCAGAACGCUGGGCAAACUGUGACCAGCUCCAGUUGGCUGCCCGAGAUCCUGAAGCUGGCCGGGUCAUAUGCUCAGAUCACCACAGAAGAGGAAGGGCUGUGGGACAUUGAUGUGAAUCUCUUUCUUUCAGAGGAGACCUCUGUCACCGCCAAUUAUACCCCUCGCACAUGUAGCGGUGACUUGGUGGUCAAACUCGGUGAAUGGCUGAAGGCUCUUGCGGCCGAGGGCUUACUUGUUUACUUGAACAAUGUAUUCGCUGAUGCCUCUUCUACUUGGAAAUCCCGUGAAUCGGCUCUUUUCAUUUUGAACCAACUUCUGCGUGACUUCCAUGAGGUGUCCCAGCCAAUUUCCCCGGAGUUGGCCAGCGGAUUCAGUAAUCUCAUCCAGUUUUCAAUCCAGCAGGAGCAUGACUUUCUGCGGGCGCGUGGCUACCUCGUGGCCGGAAUCUUAGCUCAGGUUGCAGGUGAAGCAUAUGGUGCAACAGCUGCUUCCUAUCUCGAGGCUACUCUGAAGGCAAUUUCCGAAGAUCCUUCGGAAGUUGUUAAGGUCGCGUGCAUCAAAGCUCUUCAGGAUCUCAUGCCUUCCCUUCCUGCCAGCAUGACUGUUCCCUUACAGAUCUCGGUUAUCUCAGCUAUAUCGGAUUUUGUCUCCGAGCACGACCUACGUGAGCCGUCUGACAGCGAUGACCUUAAAGUUACACUCGCAGAAACACUCCGUGAUACAAUCAUGGUGAAUCCUAGUGUCGUUCUCUCAUCUAUUGCCAUCGACGUGCUUUUCAAUAUUGCCAGCAACGGGGCUACCAAUUUCCAAUUAACAAUGAUUGUAACUGAGGCAUUCGAGGAUAUCGCGGAAGCUAUUGCAGAUCAGGGCCAUGAUUCCUUUGUCCGUCUCUGCGAGAAGGUGUUACCCUCAUUGACAGGCGCCAUUGAUGUAGGAAACCUCACGCAAGAGAAUGCGCUGACAAAUUUCGCUGCGGAUCUUCUGCGAGCACUUGCUGAAAGAGCCCUUGAACCUCUCCCUGCCGGGUUCGUGGAGGCCGUUAUGCCCAAGCUAAACCGAUUGUUGUUAGAUUCGACCGACGCGGAGCUCAUUCGCCCGGCAACGGAAGCAGUCAGGCAUAUGCUUUCGCACGACUUUAACCAGUUCGUCACUUGGCGUGAUCCACAAAGCGGAAAGGAUGCGACUGAAGUUGUUUUGGUGAUCAUCGAUCGGUUGUUGGGUCCUGCCGUCGAUGAUAAUGCUGCAACGGAGGUUGGACAAUUAGCAGCAGAAUUAGUAGAGAAAGCAGGAUCGGAAAGACUUGGACCUUACUUACCGCAACUUCUACAGGCGGUCGCUCAGCGACUUGCCACGGCCGAGCAAGCCCAGUUCAUCCAAAGCCUAAUUCUCGUCUUCGCUCGACUGACACUCAUCAGCGCGCGGGAAGUUGUGGAUUUCCUGGCGCAGGUGGACAUCGGUGGCCAGAGCGGGCUCCCCAUUGUCAUGAGCAAAUGGCUUGAGAACUCGGUCAACUUUGCCGGUUAUGAUGAAAUUAAGCAGAACAUCAUCGCCUUAGCGACACUUUACAACCUUGAAGAUGCGCGGAUAGCUCAGGUGCAGGUCAAAGGCGACCUUGUCAUCCAGGACACCGGACGCAUUAAGACGCGAUCCCAGACUCGCAACAAUCCAGACCGAUACACAACUGUGACAGCGCCGCUGAAGAUUGUCAAAGUACUAGUUGAGGAGCUGGCUGCGGCUUCAGGGAGCAAGGAGAUCGAUGCGGCCACAGCAGCAGCCCUAGAGGAAGAAGGUAGUGACGAUGAUGACUGGGAAGAUAUUCCUAGCAAUACCCUUGAUCUCAAUCUUGGAGUCACCAAACAGGAGCUUAUGGCAUUUGGAGAGGGUGGCACAGAAGGAGUGUUUGGUGUGCGCCAACGCGACGAUGAGACGCAGGCUUUCUUGUUAGACUUUUUCAGGAACGCAUCCACUAAACCAGAGUUUCAACAGCUUUUUGCGGCCUUGACUGCGGCCGAACAGGACAAGCUUCGGAGUUUGGGAUGAGCGUUGGGCCGCUAGCUUGAUGCAAGAACGCUGUCGAUAUGCUUGGCCUCUCCCCACCUGUUUCUUUUUUUUUUUUUUAACCUGUUUUCGCUUCUGGUCCGGCCCCGAGAUGUGGAACAUCGUAUACGAUCAUGGCCAUUGACAAUAUUAGUCGUGCGUAUGUAUCUAUGUCCAAUAUAUGUACAUACAAUAUGACGAAUACGAUUAUGGAGAGGUAGGAUAGGGUUUAUGGCUUGGUUGUGCGGCCCCGAAACACUCUAAUGAGUGACUUGAUGGUGCAUAUAUUAAAUAGAGCGCUCAAGUGGCAUGGUCCCGUGGUGCAUGUGCAUUGCAUGAACAUUAGGUCCCUGCAGACGCAAAGGAAAGGCCCACGACCUGCGAUCACAUAAGUAUUUUGGUUUCCCUUAGGGCAGAUUGUAGGCGGAUGUCACAUAGAGAGAAUAAUGAGACGAAACUUGAGUGACACCAGGGCUGCUAGCAGUGCAGCCAACUUAGUACUGGUGUAUUAAUUUUACGAAUGCACCUGCUAUGGCGGUUGGAGGGAGAAGUUGUUCGCUUGGCGCAGGUGAACUAGCUACCAAGGUAUACAACGUUUCAAAUGCAGGGGAUAUUUUCCGUCUUUUUUAAUUGGCCCGUCUCAUACAGCCUCUUACCUACAUUUCCC